CUUCUCGAGAGAUUGCUGUGGCGGAAGCCGGGAGCAAUUCAAUUCUCAAGCGGAGGUUGGAUAACACACACUCAGGCAGGUAGCGUAAGCACGGAAAAAUGAAGCCGUUGGGAUGGUGGCUGAUGCUGGUUGGCACGCUCCGAUUAGCCUCCGUCUGGUUCGGUUUCUUUGACAUUUGGGCUCUUCGACUUGCCGUCUUCUCUAACACAGAUAUGUCUGAAGUUCAUGGACGGACAUUUGGAGUUUGGACACUCUUGACCUGCACUCUUUGCUAUCUCUGUGCAUUCAACCUCGAAAAUAAGCCUCUUUAUCUGGCUACUUUCUUGUCAUUCAUCUAUGCAUUUGGUCAUUUCUUGACUGAAUACCUGAUUUAUCACACGAUGGCAAUUUCAAACCUGACCACCGUCGGCAUAUUUGCUGGAACUUCUAUAGUGUGGAUGGGCCUGCAGUGGAAUGCACACCAGAAUGUCCACUUAAAACAUUCUUAGUAGCAAGUGGCAGAUUAUCCAUGAUUUUUCAUGAUAAGCAGGAUUUUAACCAUGACAUAUCCUUCUGUGGAACAGAGCUGGAUCCAGGAUUAGUAAAAUUUUGAAAUGUUGCUUUCUCUUGAAAGGGGGACUAAAGUGUAUUCAUUUGUUGAAGGCGUUGGACGGC